GAGGUAAAAUUAUCGCAUCCAACUGUAUAUAAAACAUCUCUCUCUCUCUCUCUCUCUCUACAAAAUCUCUCUUCCUCCACCACGUUCUCCUUGCUCUAACCGUUCAGCAGGUGCUUCAACGUCUCUCAAAAUGGCAGCCAGCACUAGCCAGAAUGGAAUUCAACUCUUACUUGCUGCAGAACAAGAAGCUCAGCACAUUGUCAAUACCGCUAGAACCGCAAAACAAGCAAGACUGAAACAGGCCAAAGAGGAAGCGGAGAAGGAAAUUGCUGAUUUCCGUGCUCAAAUGGAGGCCGACUUUCAGAGGAAGGUUGCAGAGAGUAGUGGAGACUCGGGUGCUAAUGUGAAGCGCCUUGAACAAGAAACGAAUGCAAAAAUCGAAAACCUUCAGACGGAAGCUUCUAGAAUCUCUCCAGAUGUUGUCUCCAUGCUUCUGAGGCAUGUCACUACAGUGAAGAACUAAGUCUUGGUUCUCUCACAUUUUCCCUAUAUAUUCAUUUUGUGAAAUUCUUGUUGGCUCGACUUAAUAUUCUACCGUAUGUUUAUUUCAUUUUAUUGAAGAAAUCGUGUCCGUCUUGUCGAAUAAAGAAUAAUGUUAUCUUUUUUUUCAUGUGAGCCAUAUUUGUGUUGUGGAGAAAACACAAUUUGUUGAAUCGAGUUUGAUCGAGUUUUAAUCGAGUUGAAAGAAUAUCGAGCUCAAGUAGUUUAAAGGAAA